AUGUCGGUGCCUUUGCUGAAGAUCGGCGUCGUGCUCAGCACCAUGGCGAUGAUCACCAACUGGAUGUCGCAGACGCUCCCCUCUCUGGUGGGGCUGAAUACCACCAAGCUCACGGCGGCACAGGGAGGGUACCCAGACCGGAGCACAGGAGUGUUGCCAGCGAACCCAGAGGAAUCGUGGCAGGUGUACAGUUCAGCCCAGGAUAGCGAGGGGAGGUGUGUCUGCACUGUGGUGGCGCCCCAGCAGUCCAUGUGUUCACGGGAUGCCCGCACCAAACAACUGAGGCAGCUGCUAGAGAAGGUCCAGAACAUGACCCAGUCCAUCCAGGUCCUGGACCAGCGAACCCAAAGGGACCUGCAGUAUGUGGAGAAGAUGGAGGUCCAGCUCCGUGGUCUGGAGACCAAGUUCAGGCAGGUGGAGGAGAACCACAAGCAGAACAUCGCCAAGCAAUACAAGGCCAUAAAAGCGAAAAUGGAGGAGCUUAGACCGUUGAUACCAGUGUUGGAGGAGUACAAGGCCGAUGCCAAAUUGGUAUUGCAGUUUAAGGAGGAGGUCCAGAAUCUGACGUCAGUUCUAAGCGAACUUCAGGAGGAGAUGGGGGCCUAUGACUACGAGGAGCUCCACAACAGAGUGUCAAAUCUUGAGGAGAGACUCCGAGCAUGCAUGCAAAAAUUAGCAUGUGGCAAGCUGACGGGCAUCAGUGAUCCCAUCACCAUCAAGACGUCCGGAUCCAGGUUCGGCUCCUGGAUGACGGACCCCCUGGCACCUGAAGGAGAUACACGGGUCUGGUACAUGGACGGUUACCAUAACAACCGCUUCGUGCGAGAGUACAAGUCGAUGCAGGACUUUAUGACGUCAGACAACUUCACGUCCCACCGGCUGCCCCACCCGUGGUCGGGGACGGGUCAGGUGGUGUACAACGGCUCCAUCUACUUCAACAAAUUCCAGAGCCACGUCAUCAUAAAGUUCGACUUCCGCACCUCCUCCAUAAGCAAGUCCCGGCAGCUCGACUACGCGGGCUUCAACAAUGCGUAUCACUACGCCUGGGGCGGCCACUCCGACAUCGACCUGAUGGUGGACGAGGGAGGCCUGUGGGCCGUCUACGCCACCAACCAGAACGCCGGCAACAUCGUCCUCAGCAAGCUGAACCCCAACACCCUGCAGAUCAUCAAGAGCUGGACCACCAACCACCCAAAAAGGAGUGCCGGCGAGUCUUUCAUGAUCUGCGGCACGCUCUACGUCACCAACGGAUACUCGGGUGGCACCAAGGUGUACUACGCCUACUCCACCAACUCCUCUACCUACGAGUACAUCGACAUUGCCUUCCAGAAUAAGUACUCGCAUAUCUCCAUGCUGGACUACAACCCGCGUGACCGAGCCCUCUAUGCCUGGAACAAUGGCCACCAGGUCCUCUACAAUGUCACACUGUUCCACGUUAUCCGCUCAGAAGAACUGUAA